UCGGUGUAUACAAGAUGGGGUCGGACAUCUUGCCCUGGAAUUGGUACAAUUAUGGCGUAUUCUGGUUUUAUGGCUGGCACAUAUAACGAUGUUGUUGGACAUGGGCCUGGGGCCGGUGCAAAUUAUUUAUGCCUUGCUGGUCAACCAACGUGGGAUCACUAUUCAGACUCGGAAAACGCCGGAGUUCACAUAACCGGUGUAGAGUACGAAUUCUGGCCACACCACAAAUCCAUCGGGGCUUUUUUCGGAUCUGAUAUUUCCAACAGUGAGGCCCCGUGCUCGGUCUGUCGUACUGCAAGAAACACAAAUAUUAUGAUUCCUGGACGCAAAGACUGUUACCCGGGGUGGACAAAGGAGUACAGUGGUUAUUUAGUCAGUGGUUCACCGAGUUAUGAUGAUUCCACGGAGUACAUAUGUUUAGACAGACGACCGGAGACGGUUGUACACAGUGGUAAUAGUGACAACGAUAACAUGCUGUAUUUUGUGGAAGCUUUUUGCGGGAAAAGCUUGGAAUGCCCGCCAUAUAUUCAUAAUAGGGAACUUGCUUGCGUAGUGUGCUCAAUGUAAGCUUGUAUCUACGAUUGAUAUAUGAAUAUUAAAUUAUAAAAUAUGCUGGCUCUUUAAACCGUAAUCAAAAUAAAUAAUGUUUAAUCAGAAAAUGAAUUAAUUUUUUCAGGGAACUUUGUUUUUAUAGCUGCUGUAAAAUUGAAUUUAGCUGUGACUGACCCUAGUCACAUAAUAAAUGUAAAUAUUAAGUCGUCAAACCUUUCAAAUAAAAAAAAUAGUUCAGUUGUGUGUACACGUAGUUCAUUUGUUUGUAUGUGAAGUUCAUGUUUCCUUAUGCGCCCAAAAUCUGCACCAUUAUCAAUGACUUUUUCUGAUGGUGUCAUCCUUUUAGACGUGUCCUACAGUAGCGCAAAUUUUUACAAAGACAACAACAACAAAAAAAAAGAGAGAGAAAAUUUAAGUGCCGAGAAUUUUCUUAAACUUUGCAUGAUUGUAGGGAAGUAUAACUGAAAGAAAUUUAUGAAAAAUUGGAAUCACCUUGCUACUUUAUUAGUUCUAUGUGUCGGAAAUUUAGAUAUUUAGUAUGUUUUGUCCAUUUUCCAGAGCAGAUAACUAAAAAUCGAGUAAACUUAUACGUUAUUUCAAUUCAAAUUAUUAAAAAAUGAAAUGAAGUGACGUGUUAUUUACAAUUGUUACCUCGAACUAUCUAAUUUAUAUUCCAAAAUACUCUGGAACUUAUUUGCAUAUGCAAAUUUGAUACAAGCAUUCGUAUCCCAAAAUAUCACCGUACAGUAGUAAAGACGUAGAAUUUUGAUCUCUUCAAAAUCUUUGAUUAAUUUUGAUUAAACUUUCAUUCAUUGAUAUAUUUCUUACUGAAAAGGUAUCUUGAAGUUUAUUAUUUUAAACUU